AUACUGCUACUGAAUACUACAGCUACUAGAGAGACCACCAACGUCACCUUUUACCCUCACCCUGUCUCUUCAGGUCUCCUGGGGAUGGUGGGUCACAUGAUGUUCAUGCAGGUGUUUCAAACCACCGUCUCGAUGGGACCGGAGGAUUUCAAACCCCACAGCUACGGCUACUCCUGGACCUUCUAUGUGGCCUGGUUUGCCUUCACCGUCUGCAUGUCCGCCGGUGUCUCCACCUUGAACAACUACACCAAGAAGGUGCUGAUGGUUGGACCCAGACGUGGCUCCGCCCUCAACCCGUGCAGCUUUACCUUUUCAGGACCUCUGCCACCACCUGCCCGGCACUACGCCCCGCCAAACACCGCCAUCUCCACCAUCUGCCUCCCUCCUCCCCCGCCGAUCUCCCACCUGUCUCCAUACUACGACCCUCCGUCAGGUGAGUCUCCUCCGUCCUCCCGGAGGCUCACGCCCUCCCUCUCUCCUCCCUCGCUCCGUCACUCUGACUCUUUGCCACCUCCUUCCUCUCCUCCAUCUCCCGACUCCCCUUUCCACCGUGGUAACUUUUCACAAGGUUUUACAGUCGGGCGGUCGUUCGGACGCAACCCGUUCCUGGGACCAGGUCGGGAUCAACCUGCGGAACUUUGGGUCUAA